AGCCCGCGCACCCACCUGCAGCAGCAGCAGCAGCAGCAGCAGCAGGGGGAGCUUUGCUGCAGUGGGUCCAGGAAGAUCUGCUUGCUGUUGCUUGGGACUCUGAAGUCCAGCUGCUGCGCAUUGUUAGCUCUGCUGGCCGGAGCGCUGCUGCUGCUGCUCCGCAUGCAGCAGCAGCAGCUGCUGCUGCUGCAGCAGCUGGUGCAGCUGCUGCUGUGUUCUCAGGGCAAAUUGUAGCAGCAGUGGAUCUCUCGGGCAGCAGAGUGCUGGGCACGUUCCUUAGUUCUGCUGCUGCUCCUGCUGCUCCUGCUGCUGCUGCUGCUGCUCCUGCUUCACUUCAGCCGAACCUCUGCAUUGUCACCUUGGAGCCUGCUGCUGCUGCUGCUGCUGCUGCUGAGGAGGCAGCGGAGGAAGCGGGGGCAGCAGUGUCAGCAGCAGCAGCAGACGCAGAAGAUCCAGCAGCAGUAGCAGCAGCAGCAGCAGCAGCAGCAAGGCGCUGCUCCUCAAACAAAGACACAAAGUAUGUUGUUGCCCCCAUGGGCGCCGGCGGCUGUCUCCUUUGCUGCGGCUCCCGCGCAUUCACGCAGCAGCAGCAGCAAGCUGCAGCAGCGCUGCUGCCGUACCUGCUGCUGCAGCAAGAUGCACACUGGAUGGAGCUUCUGGGGCUGUUCUCAGAGUAUGGUGCUCUUGCUGCUUUUGGCUUCCAGAUUGCUGAAGCAGCAUCUCGAGAGCCAGCAGCAGCAGCAGCAACAGCAGCAGCAACAACAGCAGCUGCAAAAGCAGCAGCAGCAGCAGCACAAACCAAACCCCCCCUAGCCUUAUACUACGAGCUGCUGCGGCGCCUCCUUAGGUGUGCAGCAGCAUCCAUGCGCAGUCAGUUGGGAGAGCAGCAGCAGCAGCAGCAGCAGCAGCAGGAGCAAAGCGAGCCGGAGGAGGCCGCGAAGAACACAGAGUCGCGACUACAGCAGCCUGAAAAGAACGAGAAGCAGCAGCAGCAGCAGCAGCAGCAGGAAGGCGUGGCAGCGGCCGAGGCGUUCCUGCGUUGCGUGUCUCUGCUGCAGCUGCCGCUGCUGCGCUGCCUCUCUCCUUGGGGCCCCACAAGCCCUCAAGAGACCGCGCUCGAGGCUCACGAGCGCGUGCUGCAGCGACUGCAGCAGCAGCAGCAGCAGCAGCAAGAGAGCACUGUCUUGCUGACGAACCCCCUUUGUGAACCUUUGCUGCAGGCCUGCGUGCUUAUGGCUCACCAGCUGCGGCUGUUUUGCUGCGCAGCAAAAGCGCUGCUGCUGCUGCAGUCCCCUCGUGCUGCAGUGUACAUACACCGCGUGCUCAC